CACAGACGAUUCUGUUUUAUUGCACAGUUCACAAUAUAGCCGGUGAUUAUACAGCCAACCAUGUUAAGAUGAAUAUCGACUAUGCAGACAAAAACAUCGAUUUUGUCCCCAACCACAAAUGAAACAAGAAAGACAAACAUAUUCACCACCAUAUAAAGGUUGUGUUUACUCUGUGGUGCAGUCAUGAGGGCUCAUAUCACUCUCAGUGUGUUAAAUACAGAAUUCAUAACAUUUCUGGUGGCAUCACACAUGAAGUAUAGGACACAACACCAUAAACGUCCUGCACUCAUGAGCCAUUUGUGCCACAUACGUAACAGAAAGGCCACUUUUAAAGCUAUUCAGAUAUUCAAUCAUGUUUGCCCUUUUAUUUAUUUUUUUUCUUUUUUUGAGACAGAGUAUUGUUCUGUAGCCUAGGCUGCAGUGCAGUGGUGAGAUCUUGGCUCACUGCAACCUCUGCCUCCCAGGUUCAAGCGAUUCUCCUGCCUCAGCCUCCCAAGUAGCUGGGAUCACAGGCAUUGGCCACCAUGCCUGGCUAAUUUUUUGUAUUUUUAGUAGAGAUGGGGUUUCACCAUGUUGGCCAGGCUGGUCUCGAACUCCUGACCUAAAGUGAUCCACCCACCUUGGCCUCCCAAAGUGCUGGGAUUACAGGCAUAAGCCACCGUGCCAGCCUGCCUUUUCAAAAUUAUUACCACACUAGUUCACAUUGAAGGUAAAAACAACAGUUAGAAUCUCUUACUAACAACACAUUUUGACUUCAAGCUCAGACAAAGCUGUUGGUUACAAGUUCUGUUGAAUUUUUUUGUCAAAUUUAAGAAGUCUAUAGGACAACACAAAACCAUCCCUGGUAAUGUAUUUGCAAUUUGGUCUUCAAAAGCUGUAAAGAGUGACAAAGAAAUUAAAAAAAAUACUGAGUUAAAAACCAUUAAAAGUAUUUAUUAAUAAUUGUUUUUAAAUAUCACUUAUUUGAGACAGCAGAAACCAAAGAGUUUUCCUUAGAAUUCUCACUUAGCUUGUAUUUCACAAAAGUGAAAUCUGCUUUAGAACUCAGAUUUUUACCAUCUGUAUGGAGUGUAAAGACAAAAGGAAGCCCAACAAAACCAAAGGCCCAAUGGUGUCUAUUCCCAGGGCCAAGGUAUUAGCCCAGGCUAACCCACCUGCCCUGUGCUGAGUAGCUGGAUACGCUUGUCAGUGCUCAGAGUCAUGCACGUGAAUUAGUGGGUCAGGCACCAAGGUGCCUUUAUUCAUUCAUUUCUCAAAUUCAACUCCCUUCAAUUCCUGACUCUGUUUAAUAGGUCAAAGGAUGCUAUUCAUCUUUAUUUGGUGCCAGAUUAUUAUUUUUUAAUCCUUACAUCUACACCUUGAAUGUAAACUGCAAUAUCCAGCACAAUAUUGUCAGACAGAGGUGCUGUAUGGUUACUUAGCUUCAUUACUGCCUGGCUAAUGCUUAAUAUGCUUCAUCCUUUACAGCUGAAAGAAGGAUAUUCACUGUAUUUAACCAGCCAUACUGCAUUUAGAUGUAAACAGCUUUUAUGGGCUAUUUGCCCAGAAACUUUCAGUAAACUACCAAGUUGAGGCCCUGAUUUUAUUUUGGUCAGUAUGUGCAAAUAUUCACAUGCAGUUACCCAGAAAGAAGAAAAACUGGUUAACAAGAAACCUACCAUCAUGCCAGAUGCUGGAAAUAAAUCUUUACAGAAAGGGUUUUAAGAUUCAUAAUCCACUUUUUCAGUCUGUCUCUUAUAUUUCAUUAGUCAAUUGGAAGUGGCAUAUGAAUCAUUUUGCUUUAUCUGGAAAAAAUAUUUUCACAUUUUCCAAUUCCUUUGACAAAGAAGUUUUCGUCUAUUAAGGGAUGAGAAUGCUAUUUGGCUAUUGCCUACUUUUAGAAUUCAAACUAACUCUUCAAAUGUCUUCAUUUAGAGCAUAUUCUCUCAAACUAUCUUAUUGUUUUACUAACACAACGGUAAAAUUGGGUUUCCAAAAUGUCAAAACCCUAAUGGAGUCUCUAUUUCCAAAGGUAAAAUAAAAGACAGCCAACACUGUGAAGUGAAAACUAUCCUGAGCCUUUUUCCCACUCUGAAACAUUUAGAAACUAGGGGGAAAAAAAGUGGGAUUGCAUUAACAGACUUCCAAAACAAAAUGUUAUGGAAGUGUUUAUCUUUUAAAAGGAGAGUUUUAAGAGAAUAGGAUGCUUGAGUAUGACCAACUCCUGCUCAACAGGAAAAAUAACCACAGACCUUUGCUGAGAUGGCCCCAAUAAUUCCAAGAAACCAAGCUAACCAGAAUUUGAUCUAUACACAAUUAGUAUGAAAAUUUCUUAACAAGAUGGAACACCUAUAACAACAUUUAAGUCCCUUCAUCUUUCGGCAAUGAAAUAAGUGAAAUCAACAUAAGGAUAUUUUGGAAGCGUUGAAGGUCACAGUCAGAAUCAAACAGAAAACUUUCAAACCUAGAAAGCAAAAUGGGAACUUUCAUAACUCCUUGAUCUACCGUAUCUAAACAGAAAUAGUAUCAUGACUAUCCAAUAGGUACUUAGUUUCAAAACAAAUACAAGCAAUUUAUCAUGAAAAGCCUACACCUAAUAAGCUGUUUUUCUUCUUUGUUCUGCCCCAUUGUCAUAUGCUUGAGCUUAAUGAAGACUAUCCUCUGCAGCUGCUCCUGAAGGCAGAGAAGCAAGCAAUGGAGUAACAAAGGAAGCCUGAGGAGCCCCUGGUCCCCGAGGACCUUCUCUCUGGCCGUUCACAGCCACUUAUGUUUCAAUGCAGAUUUCAAGACUGGUUUGAGAAAAAUAAUCCUAUUUUGGGGAUUAGGUUCCCUGUCAAAGGCCAUCAGAUGGACAGCUAUUUAUCAGGCACUUAGCCUAAGGCUCUUAGGUAAUGAUAAAAAAAAAAAAAAAAAAAACACAAAGAAACAAAAAACAGAAAACAAAACAAAAAAAUCCCUCAUAUUUUCCUACUGGAAUCUUUUAUUCUGUUUUAUUGAGGCUUAAGCAAAACAGCUUUGCCCAUAACUCACUGUGGCCUGGAGUUAUGACACCAACUUGUAUUUGGCCAACUAAGAAAGAGGCCAAACUACAUUCUUCUUAGAAGGCCUAUUCAGUUGAUAAAUGGCACUUAACUGUUGGUUUUUUUCAUAUAACCUUUACUCAUAAGUUGCAUUGAUUAUGCUCCAAGAGAUAAGGGACUGAUAGUAAUUCAAAUGGGCACGUCUGAAAAGAUUUAUCAGUUUUCUGUCCCGUUCCAGCCAGAUUUUUUGGAAAACUUUGGGGAAAGACUGAAAUUCCCCACCAAUCUGAGACUGUAUGCGAGUUUUUACAUUAAUUGGAAAAAAACAAGAAUCCCAACAUGGCACCCAAUGGACCUCCACAGAUAAAAUUAUUGACCAAAUGAGCACUGUGAGUCGUUUCUGUAGGCAGAUGCUCCUUAAUGGGACCUCAAAGGCCGCAAAACAAGACAUUACUGAGUCCGUUCUGGAAAAGAAUGGGCACCAAGCCUCGAUAAUAUUCUCCAAUUCCAUGACAUUUCAGUGCCUUGAAGGCCUGAUAAGUGUUGGUAAAUCUGUCAUGAUGCUUGUGGUCUUGAAUCAACGUCUGAACUAUUUCCGGUGGAGUGAAAAUUGCUUCUGUUGUCCCUGCAAGCACUGCCGCCAUGCAACAGGUUGCAAACUCUGGAGCACUGACAUGCUUGUGGAGAAGGCAGGAUAAAUCCUCAUAGAGACCGAACAUAAGUGCAAGUGUAGCUGUCUUCUGCAUCAAUGGGGGAAGGAUUCCAGGAUACAAGUUUCGAAAUCCAUCCCUUCUCAACUAAAAUAUUGCAUCCCGGGUUUUGAUGCCAUACAGCUGUUGUCGAAAGAGGACCGUCUGAAUGGGAUAUGUGAUUGCGAUGUUGUUGAAGGCUGCGCAGCAGCCACAGAAGUAAUGCUUCAUUUCACCAACAUUUGUAAUACGAGGUGAUAUAUCUUGUUCUGAAGAUGUUAGUGUUGGUGGCCUCUUUUCAUGAGCUUCUGAAUCCAUCGUGUUGCUUAAGGUCUUUCGUUUUCAUGAAGGACUGACUUUUUUUUAACCUGUAACACAAUCUGAGCCUGGAGUUUGGCAGGAUGAUAGCUUUUUGAUAAUGUUCUCAAUUUCUUCCAUUGUUAUUGUUCUGUUAGUUUCUCUCUUCUGGAGUCAAUUUUGAUAACUGGAUUUCCGUCCUCCAGGCGCCCAUCUCCCCAACCUGUGAAAAGCGGGGAGGGGGCUGGACAAGAUCACUAAGUCCUCCUCCGUCUCUGACACUCCACAGUCAGGGGUCCCGAGGUCAGGAGGCCGAAAUCAGUCUCCCCGGAGGCAGGGCCCCUUGCGCGGUGCCAGCCCCGCUCUCCCCCGGGCGCAGGCAGAGCCCAGCUCCUCCCCGCCCCUGCGGUUUCUGCGCACUAGGGAGGAGCCUCACCAGCCCGGGGCGUGACCGAAUGAUGGCACAGCCUCCUUCGCGGGAAAGGUCGCCCAGCAGCCGGAUAAACACCCGCGACGGGCGGGAGAGCCGAGGAGGCUCAGAACUGAUUCUGCGCGCGCCGCCUGGGUGGGGUCCACAACGACUGGGCCAGGGCAGUUGGCGCGCGCAGAGGACUGGGGUGGGCGCUUAAAGCGGUCGGCUGCCCAGACCGGCCAUGUUGUGUUUUUUCUAAACCUCUUGUUGUGAACAAACAAGUUCGUUGUAGGGUGAGAUGAUAAUCCCAGGAGAACUCCACAACAAACAUUCUUCAGGCUAAUGUAUGUCUCAGAAUCUGUUUUCUAGCACCUAGGAACCCAACUGGCCAUGGUGUAUGUCAAGCACUGUAUUGAGAAAAAAAAAACACAACAAACGUUUGGAAAAGAUAGAGGCUUGUUAGUAAUUUUCAUAAACUUGAUAUAAUCAGAAGCAGCAUCCAAGUCUAGCUUUGUGCCUCACUCUUCUCUUACACCUGGGGAGUCAAGUCUGGAUCCUCUGCUCCAUAUUUAUUUAGCAAAUAAAACACUGAUCUCAAACAGCAACGGAACCUGUGUACUUGAGGUGUUUUUUGAAAACUAAUCAGAAGAGGAAUGCUUAUCUCCCAAGAAAAUUGAAACCAUCUGUAAAAGAAUCUUGGCUGUGCUGUGUUUUGAUUAGAUUGAAGUUUGGUGUAAAGAGAAAACACAAAAGACCGCAGAAUAUUUACAACAUUUGAAUUCCUGUUUCUCCAUCAAAGCACAUUGUCAUCAAAGCUACUUUGGGGAUAGAAAAAAGGUCAAUUCCAAUUCCCAGGAAUCCCUAACCACAACUUUACUUGGAAAUUUCCGGUAAUACUUAAAACACCAUUUUGCAGCUAUUCUUUAUGAUAAACUGUAAAAUACAGUUACCCGAAAAUGACUGACAAAUCAAUCAUCAUUCUGAGCCUGAUGGUUUUUCACAGCUCUUUCAUAAAUGGAAAAACAUGUAGACGGCAAUUGGUGGAAGAAUGGCAUCCACAACCCUCAUCAUAUGUGGUAAAUUGGACACUAACAGAAAACAUCUGCUUGGACUUCUACAGAGAUUGCUGGUUUUUGGGUGUAAACACUAAAAUAGAUACUUCAGGCAAUCAAGCUGUUCCCCAGAUUUGCCCUUUGCAAAUUCAAUUAGGAGAUAUCCUUGUAAUUUCUUCUGAACCAUCUCUUCAAUUUCCAGAAAUAAAUUUGAUGAAUGUUUCUGAAACAUCUUUCGUUGGCUGUGUGCAAAAUACCACAACGGAAGAUCAGUUACUUUUUGGCUGCAGACUAAAAGGAAUGCACACUGUUAAUUCUAAGUGGCUGAGUGUUGGGGCACAUUAUUUUAUCACAGUUAUGGCAAGUGGUCCAUCACCUUGUCCACUGGGACUUCGACUAAAUGUGACAGUGAAACAGCAGUUCUGCCAGGAAUCUCUGAGUUCAGAAUUUUGCUCUGGUCAUGGUAAAUGUCUUAGUGAAGUUUGGAGCAAGACAUACAGCUGCCAUUGCCAGCCUCCAUUUUCUGGAAAAUACUGCCAGGAACUUGAUGCAUGUUCUUUUAAACCAUGUAAAAAUAAUGGCAGUUGCAUUAAUAAAAGAGAAAAUUGGGAUGAGCAAGCAUAUGAAUGUGUCUGUCACCCACCAUUUACAGGAAAGAAUUGCUCAGAAAUAAUUGGCCAAUGUCAACCACAUGUCUGUUUCCAUGGAAACUGCAGCAAUAUUACUUCAAAUAGUUUCAUUUGUGAAUGUGAUGAGCAAUUUUCAGGUCCAUUCUGUGAGGUGUCAGCAAAACCUUGUGUUUCUCUGCUUUUUUGGAAAAGAGGAAUUUGCCCAAAUAGCAGUUCUGCUUAUACUUAUGAAUGCCCAAAAGGAUCUUCCAGCCAAAAUGGUGAAACUGAUGUCAGUGAGUUUUCAUUAGUACCAUGUCAGAAUGGUACUGACUGCAUCAAAAUAUCAAAUGAUGUUAUGUGCAUCUGUUCACCAAUAUUUACAGAUUUGCUUUGUAAGAGCAUUCAAACAUCAUGUGAGUCAUUUCCUUUGAGGAAUAACGCUACGUGUAAGAAAUGUGAGAAAGAUUAUCCUUGCAGCUGUAUAUCAGGAUUUACUGAAAAAAACUGUGAGAAAGCAAUUGACCACUGUAGACUGCUGAGCAUCAACUGUCUGAAUGAAGAAUGGUGUUUCAAUAUAAUUGGAAGAUUCAAAUAUGUAUGCAUUCCAGGGUGCACAAAAAAUCCAUGUUGGUUUUUGAAGAAUGUUUACCUAAUUCAUCAACACCUCUGCUACUGUGGAGUCACCUUCCAUGGUAUUUGCCAAGAUAAAGGUCCUGCUCAAUUUGAAUACAUGUGGCAAUUGGGAUUUGCAGGAUCUGAAGGUGAAAAGUGCCAAGGGGUUAUUGAUGCCUAUUUCUUUCUGGCUGCAGACUGCACUGAAGAUGCAACCUAUGUGAACGAUCCUGAAGAUAAUAAUUCUUCAUGUUGGUUCCCACAUGAAGGCACAAAAGAGAUUUGUGCAAAUGGAUGCAGUUGUUUGAGUGAAGAAGACAGUCAGGAAUAUCGGUAUCUAUGUUUUCUCAGAUGGGCUGGCAACAUGUAUCUGGAAAAUAUAACUGAUGAUCAAGAAAAUGAGUGUCAACAUGAAGCUAUUUGUAAAGAUGAAAUUAAAAGACCCAGAUGCAGCUGUUCUCUUAGUUACAUUGGCAGAUUGUGUGUUGUCAAUGUUGACUAUUGCUUAGGGAACCAGAGUAUAUCAGUGCAUGGCCUCUGCCUGGCCCUUUCGCACAAUUGUAACUGUAGCGGUCUGCAAAGAUAUGAAAGGAACAUCUGUGAGAUAGAUACUGAAGACUGCAAAUCUGCGUCCUGCAAAAAUGGAACAACUAGUACACAUUUAAGGGGAUAUUUCUUCUGCAAGUGUGUCCCAGGAUUUAAAGGUACGCAAUGUGAAAUUGAUAUAGAUGAGUGUGCUUCACAUCCCUGCAAAAAUGGAGCCACCUGCAUUGACCAACCUGGUAAUUACUUCUGCCAGUGUGUGCCUCCAUUUAAAGAUUCCACACAUAAGUGGGAUCAUGCGGUAUUUGUCUCUUUGUGCCUGGCUUAACAUGAUGUCCUCCAGGUUCAUCCAAGAGGAGGUAUUGGUAAAAGGAUACAAAAUUUCAGUUAGGAGAAUUUAUUUAAUUCAAGAUGCCCUGUACAACAUGAUGACUAUAGUUUAAAACAAUGUAUUAUAUACUUAAAAAUUACUUACAGAUUAGAUUUUGUGUUCUCACCACCUCAAAAUGUGUGUGAGGUAAUACAUGUGUUCAUUAACUUGAUUUCGCCAUUCCAUAAUGUAUACAUGUAUCAAAACAUCACAUUGAAUGCUACAUAUAUACAUUUUUAAUUUGUCAAUUUAAAAAUAAAGUAUAAUGCGCAAUUCAGAUUUUUAAAUGUGAAUUUACUGGCAUCAAACUAAAUUGUUGAUGACUUUAUAAUUCAUAAAAUGAAACCUGUACGUAUUGAAUUUCAUUAAAUGAAGGAGUUCUGGGGGAAAAUAAUGUUGCAUAUAUCACUGUUAAAACAAUCGUCCUUAUAUUUCUGUCAUAUAUUGAUGCUGAGAAAUAAGUUGUUACUCUUUUGUUCUAAAAUAGAAAAGUUUUCAGUAGCUAAUGCAAAAAAGAUAAGGCUUUGUCAUAAAUUAUUGCUUGAUUCUCAAGAAAGUAAGUACUUAAUAAGAAUGUCAUUCUGAUAAAGCUACGUAUAGACAAGUAAAAUGAAAAUAAUGUUUGAGCAAAUGUCUCAUCUGCUAGAGAUUUAAAGACACAUGUCUCUAAAUGUGUAGUAAUUAAUAUAAAAAGCUGAAAUGGUAAUUAGCCAUUAAACAUGUUUACAAAAGAAAGUAAACAAAGAAGAACAAAACUCAGCAAAAUAAAAAUGCUUAAGUGUGUUGAAAGCCAGAGUAAUAAUGCUGUUUUCUGGAUAGGGACACUCUGUUAUGGGAACUUGUAAUUAGAAAGCAGAUUUAAGUAUAUAUUUUUAAGUGCUUGUGAAGUGAAAAAGACUGGAGUGCAGAUAAUGGAGCAAUUAGUUUUUCAGCCUUCACAGGCCAUAUUCAGUCAUUCUUGUGUCAAGCUACAAUGGGGAUCUACAGAUGCUGUAAUUAAAUGCUCCAGUCUACUCAAUCUACAGCUAUACUAAAGAUUCUUGGAGUAUAAAAUAUUUUGGCUGGGCUACCCAAACAACCAUGUCUAAUGUUCUGGAAAUGUAUUAAAGUCUUGACUUUAAUAAAGUCCAGAUCAAUUUAGAAUAUUAACCAAAAGUCAAUUAAAUUUCUUUAAUGAAAAUGACAAUAUGAGUAUUAUUUUGGAGGAGUGGUCAAAUAAAUUGAAUGAACUGUAAAAUACUGAGUCCAUAAUAAGUUAUUAAUCCAAUAGAAAAAAAUAAACGAUUCGUUAAAUAGUUGAAGUUAAUUUUGUCUUUCAUUUGUUCUGUCUAGCAAUUAAACAGUAAAUAUGGAGCAAAUAUUGGUUUUUAUUAGCAGUAUUGUGUUCUUCUUCCUGGUGAUGAAAUCCUUACCUUUAGCUCGUUGUAAGUGCUAACAUGCUAAGGUUAUUUUGGCAGCAAGCAUAUAGGGAACCUGAGUGAAAGAUGUGAAUAUUUCUAUCUACCAUUUAAAACAAAAUAUUUUUUUGCUUCUUUUAUUCCUUUCUCUUAUUUUUAUUUUAGAUUCAAAGCUCUUUAAUAUCUUGGCCAAACAUGUAUUUAAUUCUACUAUUUUAAUUUUAUUUCAUGUUAAUGGACCAGACCUAUUAUUCCUUCUUCCUUUAUAACCUAUUGACUGCUCCAUUUGGGUGGGUAAUUAUAUUUGACUAUAUUUUCUGUAAAGUUAGCAUAUCAAGUGAAAAAGUACUGUAAUUGACCAUAAGUAUAAACAUAUGGUUUUAUCAACAAGUUAAUGUACGGCCCAUCCCAGCUGAGUUACCUAUUAUGUGCAACAAUAGGAUGACAGGUCUGGUAAACUUAGAGAAAUGUUUAACUAUACCGUACGUUUUAUACUAAUCAUUUUUAUUUGCAUUGUCAAAAGGAGAAAAUGUACUCCUGACACUCUAACAAUGAGACAAAAUUAUAAUUAAGUUAAAAAUCACAGAGAAGGGUUGUUUGCAUUGAAUUCAUAGUGGUCUGAAAGCUUUGAAAAAUUGGAAAGUAAUAACAACGCUAUUGUUUUCUAAAUGGGUACCUUUCUUCAUUUCCAGCACAAUACUCACCCUUAAACUGUGAUAUUAUUCAGCAUUCUGUCCUCAACUUUUAAACUUUUUCACUAUAUAUGCUUUUCAGGUUGUUCAAAUCUAUUCAAAUGUGUCAACUACCUAUUUCCCAGCAUGUGAAAAAUGGUCUUUUCCCUUUAAAUUGAAAGAAGUAUAUAUUGAUAAGUGCUAAACUGCCAUGCAUAUCCUCGUAUUAUACAUGUUCCUGGAAUAAAUUUAAAUAAAAUAGGGAGCAGAGGCAACAGAAACUGUGGGAAUUCAAAGACCUCAAAGACAUUCAGUUUAGCUAAAAUUACUCUGAGAACAUGAAGCUGGAGUUUUCAACAGAAUUCAAACCAGAACUGUCACCCAAGGAAUAUUAGGGGCAAUGCAAAGUCAUUAAUCUGGGGAAAAUUAAACAUAAAUUUGGGGAGAUUAUUCUAAAUUAUAAAGUAGAAUUUGAUUUUUUUCUUCUUUUGAAUUAAUUUUCUUUUGUGUAUUUGAGAUUUACAACAUGAUUUAUGGGAUACAUAUAGAUAGUAAAAUGGUUACUAUAGCGAAGCAGAUUAACACAUCUAUCAUCUCAUGUGGUUACUUUUCUUUUUGUGACAAGGCACCUAAAAUCUACUUAUGGCACACUGGAAAGAAAAAAUUAACUGCUUGCAGAAAUCAAGCUGUGGUCUAUUGUAGAGGUAUGGAAACAGGGCUUGAGUUAGGUAAUUGGAUAAUUUCAGGAGAUAUUUAGGUUACAGACAAAAUAGGUUAGAAUGUUGUGGUGUUCAGAUGUGUAAAGU